AUGCGCGCCCUCCUCUCCGUCCGCCUCCGGCGCCUGCUCUCUCUGCCCCUAAGAGCGAGGCCCUCCUCCUCCUCCUCCUCCUCUUCCUCCUCCGGCGGAACCCACGAGAUCCCCACCCUCUAUUCCUUCCUCCAGCCUAACAUCUUCGCGCCGCGCCCCAGGCCCCAACCCCCGCCGCCACAACCACAUCCCUCACCGGACCCCGCGCCCAAAGCCCUGCCCGUCGCGGACGCCGUCGCGCUCGAGGAAAGCCUGCUCGCCGCCGUCGCCGAGGGCCGCUCGGAUGACGCGUGGCUCGCGUUCAAGUCCCUGGCGGCGGCCUCCCUCUCGCCGUCGCCUCCCGCCGCGGCGGCCCUCGUAUCCCACCUCGUCGCGGACAACCACCGCCUUGGCCUCAAGCGCGCCUUUGCCGCCGCCGUCUUCCUGCUGGAGAAGAGCCCCCAUGCCUCCCCCCUCCUGGAGGCCGCGCUCGGGGCUCUCUUCUCCUCCCUCGCCGCGUCGGGCUCCGCCGCCCCGGCGCUGGCCCUCGCGCGUGCUCUCCUCGGCUGCGGGCGCCGCCUGCCGGCUUUCUCCGCCUGGGGCCUUCCGCUGAUAGACCUCACCCGCGCUGACACAGCCUCCUUUGCGGCCUUCUUGAAGGUGUUUGAAGAAGCCUGCAAGCUCAUGGCGGAGGAGAAGUCUCCGGCUGUGGUAGCGGUCAUGCGACCUGAUCUCGCGGCCUGCAAUGCUGUUCUUGAUGGAUGCUGCCGCAGGCUCGGCUCAGUCGCAGAUGCUGAGAAGGUCUUGGAGAUUAUGCCAGCUGUUGGGGUGUCGCCAGAUGUGGAGAGCUUUGGACAUCUUGCAUUCUUGUAUGCGUGGAGAGCUGUUCCAAGCCGGGUCGAUGAGCUCGAUAAGUUGCUGGAAGCUCUGGGCUUCAGCAAGAAAGGGUUUUUCAAGAAUUUAGUGAGUGGGUAUUUGAAGUCUUGCAGCUUUGAGUCAGUUUCCUCAAUCAUACUUCGUGCGGUGGAGGAGAGAAGAGUUGGGGAUGGCAAUCCAUUUGAUGAUGAGUGCUACACUGAGGUCGCACAAUGCUUUGUUGAUAAUGGAAGGAUCAGGGAACUGGCUCAGUUGAUCUUCCAAGCACAAGAGAUUGAGUUGACACAUCAAUUGCCAGUAGUUGAUGAUUCUGUUGGGUUUGGGAUUGUCAAUGCUUGUGUCGGACUUGGUCUAUUGAACAAGGCUCAUAACAUACUUGACGAAAUGACUGCCCAAGGAGCCUCUGUGGGGCUAGCUAUAUACUCCCCAAUCUUGAAAGCAUAUUGCAAGGAGCAGAAGACUGCAGAGGCUGCACAGCUCGUGGCGGAGAUUAGCGCAGCAGGGCUACAGCUUGAUGCUGGCAGUUAUGAUGCUCUUAUUGAUGCUUCCAUGACAGCCCAUGAUUUCCAGUCUGCGUUUGCACUUUUCAAAGAUAUGAGGGAGGCGAGGCUACCAGAUCUUAGGACAAGCUAUCUUACUAUAAUGACAGGCUUGACGGAGAACAACCGGCCUGAGCUCAUGGCAUCAUUCUUGGAUGCAGUGGUUGAUGACCCGAGAAUAGAGAUUGCUACACAUGAUUGGAACUCUAUAAUACAUGCCUUUUGCAAGGUUGGGAGGUUAGAGGAUGCUCGAAGAACAUACCGAAGGAUGCUAUUCCUGUUAUAUGAACCAAACAAUCAGACAUACCUCUCACUUAUCAAUGGGUAUCUCUCAGCAGAGAAGUACUUUAAUGUGCUCAUACUAUGGACAGAAGUGAGGAGGAAGGGGGCUGAUUUUAACCACGAGUUGAUUGAUGCCUUUCUGCAUGCUUUGGUCAAGGGUGGAUUUUUUGAUAUGGCAAUGCAGGUGAUUGAGAAGGCACAAGAGUUGAAAAUAUUUGUAGAUAAGUGGAGGCACAAACAAGCCUUCAUGGAAACCCACAAGAAGCUAAAAGUGGCGAAGCUGAGAAAACGCAACUUUAGGAAAAUGGAAGCUCUGAUCGCAUUCAAGAACUGGGCGGGUCUUAACUCAUAA